AGUGUUCUGUUCAUUAGUAACAUUACGUAUUUAUUGUUAUCGUGGGCAAGGUGCAAAAUGGCGAGAAUAAAGUUUACAGUGAAUGGAAUAACAUGUUCUGUGGGCAAUGAAAUAAGCUCCGAUGUUAUGCUGUUGGAUUACUUACGGAAGUACUUGCAGCUCCGUGGUACUAAAUACAUGUGUCGUGAAGGUGGCUGCGGAGCUUGUAUCGUCACUGCGGUAAAGUCCCCCGGGGAAACGCCCAUAGCAGUCAAUUCCUGUUUAGUUUCUGUGGCAUCAUGUUAUGAUUGGGAUAUAACAACAGUGGAGAAAGUGGGCAAUAGAAAAGAUGGCUACAAUCAAAUUCAGACUAAUCUAGCAAAGGAGAAUGGUACUCAGUGUGGAUAUUGUACGCCUGGCUGGGUAAUGGCUAUGUAUAGCCUAAUGCAGAAUAAAAAGAAUCUUACUAUGCUAGAAAUAGAACAGUCAUUUGGAAGUAACAUCUGCCGAUGUACCGGAUAUAGGUCAAUAAUGGACGCAUUUAAAAAGUUUGCCACCGACUAUGAGGAAUCUUCAGUUACCUCUGAUAUAGAAGACCUGAGUAUCUGCAGGAAAUCUGGAUCAUGCUCCAACCGAAGAAAAUGCAGUGAAAAUGAAUGGUGUUUCGUUACAAACGAUGUUUCUAAUAUUAUUGAAAUUGAAUUAAAAGAUGGCACGCUUUGGUACAGAGUUUCCACGAUUGGAGACAUAUUUGAGGUUCUGAAUUCGAAACCAAAUGACUCUUAUAUGUUGGUAGCUGGAAACACAGCGAAAGGAGCUUAUCCAAUUGAUUCCUAUCCCAAAGUGAUGAUAGACAUUACUGGAGUAUCCGAAUUUAAAGGUUGGAAUUUAGAUCAAAACCUGGUAGUCGGAGCAGGGACAACUCUAACUGAACUAUCUAAUAUAUGCAGCGCAAUAAGUAAAGAGGAUAAUUUUGCGUAUUUGAAAGUCUUCGAAGAUCAUAUCAAGCUAGUUGCUCAUAUCCCCGUGAAGAAUAUUGGAACAAUUGCUGGUAAUUUGAUGAUAAAACAUCAGCAUAAUGAUUUUACCUCUGAUAUAUUUUUGCUCUUCGAGACCGUGGGCGCUGUAUUAACGAUACAAAAUAACCAAAAUCAAGUACAAAUGGUGUCAAUGGCCGAUUUUUUAAAACUUGACAUGAACAGAAAAGUUAUUGUUAAAGCGUCUUUACAGCCAUAUAAUGAUAAAGAUUGCAAAUUUGUUUCAUACAAAGUUAUGCCUCGAUCUCAAAAUGUUCAUGCAAUGGUCAAUGCUGGAUUCUUCUACAAAUUGAAACAACCAGAUAAUAUCGUUGAAUCAUGUAAAAUUGUAUACAGUGGUCUUUCACCGCCGUUCACUAGAGGAAGCGCUACUGAAAAUAAUUUGAUUGGAAAGCAGUUAUUUACAAAUGAAACUUUGCAAAAAGCUGUUAAAAUUUUGAAUAGUGAAAUUGUGGUCGUCGACAAUCCCCCAGAAGAGUCUUCGGAGUACAGAAAGAUAUUAGCUUUGGGACUUUUUUAUAAAAGUAUAUUAUUCUUGUGUCCAACACAAACGCUAGAUGCUCAAUAUAGAUCAGGGGCUACCAAAAUUCAUGAAACACGGCCAGUAUCAAAGGGACAACAGAUUUUCGAUACGAAUCCUUUGGUGUGGCCAUUGAAUCAGUCUUUAGAAAAAGUGGAGGCCCUUCGGCAAUGCUCCGGAGAAGUCUUGUAUACUGAGGAUCUACCUUCCUUUCCAUUUGAGGUGUUUGCUGCUUUUGUUCUUAGUACUGAAUGCAGUGGAAACAUUGUAAAUAUCGAUCCAACCGAUGCUAUGAAAAUCCCCGGAGUUUUACAAUUUUAUAAAGCAGAAGAUAUUCCCGGUAUUAAUUCGUUUACAGAUAUUCCUAAUCCAUUGUUUCCAAAAAAUGAAGAAGUAUUAUGCAGUGGGGCCAUAAAGUAUUUCAAUCAACCUUUAGGAAUAAUAGUCGCUGAAACGCAAUAUUUAGCAGAUAAAGCUGUCAAAUUAGUUAAAGUCACUUAUAGUAAUGUUAAAAAGCCGAUAAUUGAUAUCAAUGAAGCUAAAAAAGAUCCAGCUAGAGUAACGCAAUUUGCAGCGAUUCCCGCUGUUAUCAGAGGUAUAGAUAUUGCAAAGAUUUUUAAAGGUGGAAGCACAAUAUAUUGGCAGUAUCAUUUUCCGAUGGAAACACUUGUUUGUGUUGUUCGACCAUCUGAAGAUGGAUUAGAAGUGCACAAUUCAACGCAAUGGAUGGACGCAACUCAGGCUGCGAUAUCUAAAGCACUGAAAAUGGAUGCAAAUAGUAUAGAUGUAUAUGUAAGACGUCUUGGUGGGUCAUAUGGCUACAAAGUAUCUCGAGCUUUACAAGUUGCAGUUGCUUGUAGUUUAGUUGCGAAGAAAUUGAACCGACCUUGCAGAUUUAUACAACCACUAACCACAAAUAUAAGGGCUAUUGGCAAACGCUUCCCAUGUUCAACGGAAUACGAAGUUGCAGUCAAUAGAUCAGGCGUUAUUCAAUAUGUAGAUUACCAGUUAUAUGAAGAUAAUGGGUACAUGAUAAAUGAAGCACUUUAUCUCGUCGCUCUUGAAGCGUACGGUAAUUUAUAUAAGAAAACUAGAUUUUCAUUUAAAGGAAGUAACGUUGUAACCGAUACGCCAAAAAAUACAUGGUGUCGAGCUCCAGGUACAAUGGAGUGUAUAUCAAUGGCAGAAAUGUUGAUGGAACGGAUAUCUUACGAAGUAUCAGUGGAUCCAAUAGAUGUUCGUUUAGCAAACCUAGACACGAUUUUGCACAGUGAUAUAAAAGAAAUGGUCGAAACCCUCAAAACUAAUUCCGAAUAUAAAAAUAGAAAAACCGCUGUGGAAGAAUUUAACAAAACAAAUAGAUGGAAGAAACGUGGAUUACGAGUUUCAAUGAUGAGUUAUUUUAAUACACCUGCUGGCCUUCGCUUAGAUGUAAAUCUUUCUGUUUAUAAUACCGAUGGCACUGUUGUAAUUACUCACUCUGGUAUUGAAAUGGGGCAAGGUAUAAACACUAAAGCUGUUCAAAUUGCAGCAUUUUUUUUGAAAAUACCUGUGUCAAAAAUAAAAGUAAAGGCAAAUGACACAAUAAUUGGCCCCAACGCAGACGUUACUGGAGGGAGUAUCACCAGUCAGUGCAUUAGUAUUGGUGUCCAGAGAUGUUGCGAAGAACUUUUAAAGAGGUUGGCGCCGAUCAAGCUCUUGAAACCACUGGCUCCUUGGGAAGAAUUGAUACGAACGGCAUAUUUAUUACAAGUAGAUCUACAGACACAUGGGUUCGUGAGUACUCUAGAUGGGCAGAUAUUUUACAAUUAUGGUGUCUGUUUAGCUGAAGUUGAAUUAGAUAUACUGACAGGAGAAUCAGAAAUACUUCGUGUCGAUUUGAUUGAAGAUGCUGGACAAAGUGUAAAUCCGGCACUUGACAUAGGUCAAAUCGAAGGUGCUUUUACAAUGGGCUUGGGAUAUUGGACGAUAGAAAAGUUGGAACACAAUCCUGAAAACGGAGAAAUUCUAACUGAUCGCACCUGGAACUAUCACGUUCCUCAGUGUCGGGAUAUUCCACAAGACUUCAGGGUAUAUUUAAGGAAAAAUUCAUACUCCAACAUUAAAAUCCUUGGCACUAAAGCAACUGCAGAACCUCCAAUAUGUCUGUCAGUGUGUGUGCCGUUUGCUCUUCGACACGCUGUAACUUCAACAAGACUUAAUAGUGGAAUUCCCACAACGAGCUGGUUUCCAAUAGAUGGGCCCUAUACUGCUGCUAAGCUGUGCUUGGCAUCGGCGACUAAAAUUGAACAUUUCAAGUUAUACUAAAAAAUGUGUAAAUGCAUUUCUACUAAGAUAUAUGUUCUUGGUUAUUCACAAUCUCUUGUGAUUAUAUAAAUAUUUUGUUAAAACUGUAAAAAUAAUAAACAUAUAUUGUGUAAAACAACAUGUAAUCAUAUUGUUAUUUAUGUCCUCGCUUUAAAAGAUCCUGUGUCUACUCCCAGACAGUAUUAUGAUGGCUACCUCAGUAUUGAAGGAGGCUUUCCUAGACUAUUCAUUUGCAGUAUACGGGGUAGCUUACCUUGCUGUAACGAAACGAGCAUAAUUAUUAUCGGUUCCACUUACGGCAAAUUCGCCGGUUACAUUGCAGUCUAGUUAUUGGUUUAAAAUGAGUUGUUUUUAUUUCACAUAAGUAUAAUUACGAUUCGUUAUUUUCUUCGUCUUUAAUUUCGCUCCACAUUUUUUUGUUGUUGUAUAACAAAGAAAGAUAGAAAAAAGUUUUUAUUAACCCUUAAAAAGUUUGCUUAAUACUUCACUUUGUCUGAAGAUAAGAGAGUGAAGAGCCAGGUUUUGUUUAUAAAUACAUUUUUUUUCUGUAGAGAUAAUACCAUACAAAUUAGGAUUUAGGCUAACUAUUACAAGGCACCGUAAGGUGCCUGACUAUGGUCAGACUUUUAUGUGCCUGAGAAGGGCAUGGUGGUUUCUUUGCCCUACUGGAGCAGUAGGUUUCGUCCAGCUUAAGGACUAGGCUUGAGCUGGACGAAACAAGUACAGAUCCGGAAUCUUGCAGCGGUCACCCGACACGUAUGCUGAAUACCGAAGUCCCUAAUAUGUGUGUCUAGAGUGCUGUGGUGUAGUUGUAGCACUCGGUAUAUGACCCACCGGUUAUCAUGGUCAGUCUAAAUCAAAAACAUGGAAAAUGGACUGAGCAACACUCGCGCGAAAUUUUCAACUCUCUAUAGUAGGGGAAGCCCAGGCAGGGAUUUUGGAAUUUACUCGAGCGCGGCGGAAAACCAUAAAGGAGGCAACGUUGCUCCUUGUGAAAUACUGCCACCAUACCUGAGCCCCUUAUAUAGGAUCGAACAUUUAGGGCAGUAAAAACCACUGCGGGUGCGAGUCCCAUCCGCUUGAGACACGCGUCUAUGAUUUUUUUUGCGCAAAAUGGAGCACUUAAAAAACAAAGUCUGUGCGGGCAGCGUAUUGCCAUAAUAAUAAUAAAAUAAAUUUUUCAUAACCCAACAUUUUACAUAUUUAAGUACUAGGCUAAUGUAGUCAAAACUUUAAUUUUAAAACACACUACCUUUUGGUGGUGUUGUG